AUGAGAAAACAGUCGGUCUCGCUGCCAACAAAACAUACCGUUCACGACCCUCACGAGAAACCCGCUCGAUACGGAAACGGUCGGCCUCAAAGUGCUUCUGCGAGGAUGAAGGAACAGUGGAUGUCACAGUCGCAAAAGACUCGGUGGGUCAAGACUGUUGCGAUUGUCUUGUCAGUAUGUCUGUUGUUCUACUGGCUGUCGCCGAGAGGCGUUGACGUCUACGGUGAGGUCUCUCACAAGACAGGUACCACGGGCACCGCGCCCGGCGCCAACAAAUCCAAUGAUGGCCAGGUGCCUACAGAUUCAUCCUACGGAACCACUCGAUGCGCCAAGUCCUACUCCAAAGACAAACCAAUUGUACAGUAUGUCCUCAUGAUUGAUGCUGGAAGCACUGGCUCCCGAAUCCACGUGUACAAGUUCAACAACUGCGGUCCCGUCCCUGAACUUGAGAACGAAGAAUUCAAAAUGACUGAGAAAUCUGUCGGUGGCCUGAGCAAGUACGCCGACGAUCCCAUCGCCGCUGCCAAGUCACUGGAUCCUCUCAUGGCUGUCGCCAUGGACAACGUCCCUGAGAAGCUCAAACGAUGCAGCCCUGUCGCUGUCAAGGCGACUGCCGGUUUGCGCAAGGUUGGCCCUCUGAAGUCUGACGCUAUUCUCAAGCAGGUGCGCGAGCACCUUGAGAAGAACUAUCCUUUCCCUGUUGUCUCUGAUGAAAAGGGCGGUGUCGCUGUCAUGGAUGGUGCCGAUGAGGGCGUCUACGCGUGGAUCACGACCAAUUAUCUUCUCGGCAAAAUUGGUGGUCCCGACAAGAGUGAGACUGCGGCCAUUUUUGAUCUAGGCGGUGGCUCGACUCAGAUUGUUUUCCAGCCUACCUUUAAGCCGGCCAAGGCCGGCGGCAUGCCCGAAAAGCUUGCCGAGGGCGAUCACAAGUUCUCUCUUGACUUUGGCGGCCAAGAGUUCGAAUUGUACCAGCACUCUCACUUGGGCUAUGGUCUGAUGGAGGCCCGCAACGCUAUUCACCGGCUCCUCGUAAACGACAUGAAAAAGUCCAAGGGAAGUGACACCACCUGGCAGACCAAGGCCAUCGUACAUCCCUGCAUUACCCCAGGCCGCACUCGCGAGAUCGAGGUCGAAUUCGACAAGGAUAACAAGAAGACGUACAACUUUACGGGUCCCGCAGAACCCUCCGCUUCCCACGCGUCUCAAUGCCGCAGCCUUGCCGAGCGAAUCCUAGAAAAAGACAAGGAAUGCAAGCUCGCUCCUUGCUCGUUCAAUGGCGUUCACCAGCCAUCGCUUGCUCAGACUUUUGCCAAGGAAGACGUAUAUAUUUUCUCUUACUUUUACGACCGCACCCACCCUCUCGGCAUGCCCGAUUCCUUCACUAUCCGUGAGCUUCACGACCUGGCGCAGACUGUGUGCAAAGGUCCGCCGGGAUGGGGUACUUUUAACGGCGUUCCUGGUGCUCUUGAGGAACUGAGGGGUCGUGAGCAGUACUGUCUCGACUUGAACUUCAUGACUGUACUUUUGCACCAGGGAUACGACAUGCCUAUUGAUAGAGAGCUCAAAAUUGCCAAGAAAAUUAAGGGCAAUGAACUAGGAUGGUGUCUGGGUGCUAGGUAUGUCGAUCUCCUCGAGAAGAAUGCUUUAUCAGUGACUAACAACAGUGCGUAG